AUGGCGCCUCCAACAACAAUUCCAAACUUAUUCAUGUCUGAUUUCGGUCUUAAUACCGAUGAUAUCAAAUACUUCCACAUGGAUUCGCAUAUCCAAGGUCGUGGGCCAAAUCGACUGAAGCAUUUGGAUAUUGAAGGACGUUGGGUUCUUUCCGGUAAAUCGAUUCCAUUCAUUUCGGCCGCAUUCAAUCAUUUGGAACGAUUAAAUGAUGCUCAAGUCGCUAUUCGAGAUAUUGGAGAGGAACCAAUUGAUGCUAUUGGAAUGGUUGGAUGGACAAAAUCAUCAGAGCCUGUUAAAGUUGAACCAACAAUUGUAGAACCAGCAAAACCAAAAAGAAUUGUUCUUCAACCACCAGUCUUUAUUGAGGAAGAAGUUCCACCAAGUCCAAGAGAAAUUGUUCCACACAGAUCUGCUGGAUACGGUAAGCCUGAUCCUUUUUCUUGAAAUUUCUUUAUUUUACUUCAAAAAUUAUUUCAGGUCAAGCUCAUCAAAAAAGAAAGCUUUCGAUCCCAGAUCGCUCUCGAUCUGUCUCACCACUUCGCGCUGAAACUCCACCACAAGCCGUGUUCGACAAAUACGCCAAAUAUGAGCGUCAUCGUAAAGGUUCGACAUCCUCUGAUUCAGCAUAUGGUUCAGAUUCAGAAAAACAUGAGAAAACUUUGAUAGACUGGCAAGGCCAAUUGUGGAUGUUGGCCGAGGAAAAAGUCACAGUCAUUAGAGUAAUUGAAACCGAAUAUUAUCUCGAAUGAAGAUUUCUGAAUCUGAAUCUGAAUUUGAAUCAUCUAGCUGUUAGAAAAGGAAAAGAACUUCUAUAAAAAAUGGUUUCUUGCAGAUUCAAUCACCAGAUACGGCACCAAAUGGGGAGAUCUUGGAUAUGUUUCACACAGUCCAUCGCCAACCGGUGAGAUUCCUGAUUAUUAUUCAAACUGAUCCCCCUUUUUUGUUUUUCAUACCACUAGUUCUGUAUAUAGUUUUUUUUCACCUUGCUAGCGAAUCAAUAAAUGUUUCCCUUUUUAUGUUUUUUCUCACCUUUUCCCAAAAAAAACAUGUUGUUUUUUUAGGUGAUGAGCCACAAAACAACCUUCCACACCGAACUCCAUCCUUGUCUCGACCAUCUUCAAGAUCUUCUCGACAAUAUGAUAAUCAAUAUGAUCCAGCUUAUUUGAAAGGUAUUGUUUGUGAUUUUUGGGUUUUGAUUUUUCUUGGUUUUUUCACGGGUUUUACAAAUUCGUAUUUUGUUUGACUUCAAUGAUGAAAUUUUUUCUUCUUUUCUUUUUUUAUUUUUUUCUCCCUACGUAAUUCUACCUUAAAAAAUCAAACAAAAUGAACAGUCAAAUAUAUUUAGUAACAUUAGUAGAAAUGCAAAUAGUCCACCCAACCCAAGCCAAACAUUACAGACUCAUCAGCUAAACAUGAACUCAAAGUUUUGACGAAAGGUGACAAUGUUCCAUAUCGUACAACUGGUUAUGGUGCUUAUCAUGUGAAAAGACAAUAUGAAUUGAGCCCAAGAUCAAUGGGAAGUGAUUAUGCCACAAGCAGCGGGUAAGAUUGGAGACAAUCAGAAGUCAUUUUUUAUCAUUUUCCUUUCAGCUCGGAACAAUCUUCACCAAUUCCACCACAACAAAAAUCAGCUGAUGAAAUCUUGUUAACUGCUUAUCAUUCAACUACCAAACGAGCCAAUGAUUUGUCACGUAACAGACGUGAUAAUUGGAUUCGUCAAUAA